AUGCUGGAAAAGCUCGUGUCGACACGCCUUUUCUGGGCACUUGUGAUGGGUUUUCGCAUCUGGAAUGCGCUCUUUGUACGUACGUCGUUCAACCCGGACGAAUACUGGCAGAGCACGGAAGUAGCGCAUCGUCUCGUCUUUGGUUACGGCUAUUUGACAUGGGAGUGGCAAAAGGAUGCUCAGCUGCGUGGGUUUGCGCAUCCAGGUCUAUUUGCAGGACUCUACAAGCUGCUAAAGCUCCUCAAUUUAGACUCAAGAUGGGCGGUGGCGUACGGCCCACGGCUGUUUCAAGGAGUUUUGUCGGCUGCCAAUGACUUUUGCCUGUACAAGCUGUCACACAAUUAUUUGGACGCCAAGGCAGCCAAGUGGACGCUGCUGUGUCAGCUCUUUUCUUGGUUUAUCUUUUACGUCAUGGUCCGUCCAUUCUCCAAUUGUGUCGAGACUUUGUGUACCACAGCAGCACUAGCAUUUUGGCCAUGGAAGUUUUUAGAGGAUCAAGCUGAGAAGAAGAAAACAGAUGAUAUAUCUCCAGUCAAGCGCAGCAAUCGCACAUUAGCGCUGGUAUUUGCAGCACUUGGUGUGCUAUUUCGUCCGACAAAUGCUGUCAUUUGGCUAUAUCCUGGACUUGUGCACUUCUUGCAGACCCAUGAUCGGGCACAUCUCAUGUUGAGUGUGGUUUUGCCAAUCGCGCUUGUCACUACGCUGACAAUGUUGUGCAUUGAUCGUCUUGGAUAUGGCGAAUGGACUUUUGUCCCUUUCAAUUUCUUCAAGUUUAACGUUCUAGAGAGCAAAGACAAACUAUAUGGCGAACAUCCGUGGAAUUGGUAUUUCUCACAGGGCUAUCCUGCCAUUGUGGGCACAACUUUGCCGCUUGUCAUUGCCGGAUACCUUACUGUACCGCCUUCGAGGAAGGACCUCGGGCGCACGAUUAUGUGGACGCUUUUCGUGUACAGCAAUGCUUCCCACAAAGAAUUCCGAUUUGUGCUCCCGCUGCUUCCACCUGCGUUCGUGUACGCUGGAUACUGCCUGUGCAAACUUGAACGGAGGCUUUAUGUUCAGGUUGGUGAGAGAACGCAAAGGAACCUAUUGCGACUCGCUAUACUUUUAUUAGUUGUGCCGAAUGUGCUCGUUGCGUACUAUCUUUCUCGAAGCCACCAGCGUGCUCCCGUAGAAGUAAUGGACUACCUAGCGGAUCGCAUUCGAGAAAAUCGGGAUGUGUCGAUCCAUUUUUGGACUCCUUGCCAUGCCACACCGUACUACAGCUUUUUACACCAGAAUACCUCCAUGUGGUUCCCAGAUUGUUCACCAGCUAACCGUGAGCGACCCGAAGGGUGCGAGUCGCACCAACUUGAACGCGACCCAAGGCUAUUCCUUACGAAACUCUACCAUUUAUCGCCAUCAAACGGUCAAGCUAACGAUUCGUUGUUCUUGGCGCUCCCGACAUACGUCGUGAUGUACUCCACGAUGGCUGCCAAAAUCAGACCGCUCCUAGCUGACAUUCGCUUUCUCGAGACAGCAUCAUUCUUCCACAGUGACGUGAGUGGAGAUGCAGAUUCCUCAGAAGUCGUGUCGAGCAUGUUGGUGUACAAGCGCGAGUAG